ACUGUGGUGGCUGUUUUUGUGGAACGGGACAGGAUUGCAGAGAGAGGCAGUGCAGGAGAGCACCUCCUAUAUAUAUAUAUAUAUAUAUACACACACUUUGCAUGAGGAAAGAGUGUUGUUUAUUCAAAACAUACAUAUAAGCCCCAUUGUCUGCCAAAAAGAAAGGAAAAAAGAACAAAGCCUAGAGUGUAUUAUUAUUUUUUUCAUUUAUGAAUUGUUUCCUAUAAAACAUCCUGCAGCGAUUUAACAAUAAAACUGUACAAACUGAAACACAUGAAAGGCUAAUAAAAAUAGCACAUGCCCUGUCCCCUAAUGUAAACUUCUGAGAGAAACAUACACUUUUUUAUCUCUCUCUGAAGAGGUCAGGGGUAUGUACGUAGUUUCCCCCUUUGUUUUUUUCAGACCUCUUGUGAUUAUUGUUACCUCAGAAUCACAAAUACCCUUGGUUGUUAACAGAAUAUUAAGACAAAUACACAUACACAGCUGUAGCCAGUGCUAGUGCUACUCAAGAGUAGACCCAUCAGAAUUGCUAAGGACCUCUUGGACUGAGGUUUUGUUGGGGGAUUUUGUUGCUGUUAUUGAUAUUUUUUGUAUAUUUAUUUUUGGAUCUUUUGUUUUAUAUGAACAUUGUUCAGUUUGGUUGUGUUCUUUUUGAUGCGUUUUAUUUAUUGUUUAGUUUUAUUGUAUUUGUAAUUAUGUAAAUAGUUUCAUGUUGUCAGCUGCCUUGAGUAUGGCUUUAACAAUGGAAAGGUGGCAUACAAAUAGUAUCUUAACACCUUUGUGUAAAUUCUGAGGCAGCAAAUAAAUGAUGUAAAUAAAUAAAUUCACAAAUACACUUGGGGUAUACAAAUUUAGCCCCCACCUUUUUCAUUUAAUCUUAAAUAUAUCCAAAGUCAAGCUCUGAAUGGUGCUGUGACUCUUGACUGCCUCUCCUCACAGACACUUGAAAUGGCAUCUGUGAUUAGUACCUCAUAAUUCUAUUUCUGUGAAGGAUUUACCUCAGGAGUCUCCAUUUUGUCAGUCUUGGUACACAGAGAUCAAGGUUCAUUACUUAAACCUACCUGUGUUGGAUAGGUAGCUGUUGUUCUCAUAUACCCCUUUUCAUAUACUUUUCUUUUCUCAGCAAAAAUGACAAUUUUAAUCCCUCAUCAUAAACUCAAACAAUAUUUUCUUCCUCAGACACAGUGACUUCUUGCUUGCUCUGCCCUAGUUUUGGCCCUCGUUUUGGCCCACUCCACAUUUAAUAAUCUGGAAUAAUCCAGAGAAUCUCUCUUCCCACUCAGAUUUUUUUAGUUCAAGGUACAAACAAUUAUAAUGUAGUAGUAGAAAUAAUAAUAAUAAUAGUAAUAUCCUAGUUUCCCCUGAUUAGCAUGCCUGCUUCAUCUAGCAAUCACUGAUGAGGUGAACAGCCCUUCAGCAAAUCUCAUUGUGUGAAUAUAAUACAGGGUGAAAACAGUGUUAAGAAAUGCCCAAUCCACAUUUUGGCUGAAAAAUCCUAUACCCACUCGUUGGGAAGUAAACCUCAUUGAGUUAAAUUACUUUCAAGUAGACUGUAGGAUUGUACUGUAAACUGUCUUUACAAUGUAGCAUCCCCAUUUCCAUCUUUUCUUAACUAUACUGUACUCUGUAUUUGGGAAGGGGGGGGGUUCUAUUCCUUCUAGGAUUCCCAUAUGUCCUCUUUUUCCAGGACACAUCCUCUUUUUCAUGGGUAUGUAAAAUGAAAGUCGUUACUGUAUAGCAAUCCAUAAUUAAAAGUAGAAGUCAACAAAUGUGUCCUCUUUUUUGCUCUUCAGAAUAUAGCACCUUACUUCUUCCUCCAUUAAACUGGCCCUCACAAAAUUGGCCAGCAAAGUCAUGACUUCUUUAGUCCAUCCCUUUUACAUCCCCCAUUUGUCUUAAUGCUUACUGAAAAAGGAUCUAUGAAUAGAUUUCUGUUUUCAGUUAAAAGCGGUUGCAACAUACUCUACUGGCAGUUAUUCCGCUCAAUUAAAUAGGGCGUAUUGGGGUGCAGUUUUAUGUCUAACCAUAUGUGUAACCAUUCUUAAUGCCCUCACAAUUCCCAGAGUUCCUUGCAGGGCACAAUGGCCAUUUACUGAUUUAGGUUGGCAAGAUAAGACAAUAUCCGUACUUUCAAUUGAAACUGGUUUAAUUGUCACACUUUCAUGCACAGUAUCCUGGUAAUUGCAGUUUUCUGAAGGCUAGUGAACUUCUAACAGAGAAUCAGCUUUUGCAGUUGAGUAAUACAGCAUGCUGAGGGAAAAUACUGAACUCCCCAUUAAGAUAUACUCUUGAGUUCUUGUUGAUUUUGGUGUCACAGUUUGGCUUAUUAUCUUGGAAGUGCUGGCAACAAGCAGCUUCAUACCUGCGACUUUUAAAUCUCAUUAUAUCCAUCUUAAGAUGCAGAAGAUGCUUAACCCUCCUUUAGUGAUUCCACACUAUUUAAUAUUACAAUUCAGAUGUAUCCACCAGUAACACUUUACAUAUUUUAAAAACUUUGUCUUUUAAAUGCCUCUUUGAGGUAAUCUGAUUCAGUCAUUAAAAAAAAAGCCCACUAAUCCAUUUUCAAUGGGCAAUGAAUUAUUUAACACUGUAUUUGAGGGAAGAAUAUACUAUUGAUAGUUGCCUAGGAGGCAUAAUUGGGCUGCAUCUUGCUGCCUAAGACAGCUGGAAGUUUCUGUUUCUUUCCAAGUUAGAAUUUUUAAAUAUGGAAAUAGGGCACCUUAACUUUCGAAGGGUCUAUAGGAAAAAAUAACUAGAAGUUAAAAGGGAAGACUUUCAGAAUAUAUUAGCUGGAUACACUUUAUCCAUGUUUAAAAAAUAAUAAUAAUCAAAAGUUGUGAAAUAACCACAGUUCUGUUUGUUAUGUAUUAUCCCCAGACAGCAUUCAUUUAUUUUCACUUAUCUAAGAUAUGCCAGAGAUGGCCUGAUGGAUGAAAAGUACGUAAAAAAGAAAGCCCAACAAAACACAACACUGAUAUCUGUCAGUGAAUAUGAGUACAGUCCAAGGAAAACAGCUUUGAGAACUGACAUUACAAAGGGCUUUUAGGCACACUGUCAGUGUACUGAUUGUGACUCCUUUUUGAUGCCAGUAUGUGUGAGGCUUAGAAGUUUUGAACAUCCCACAAAAAGUCAUUUUUACUUUACAAUCUGGGUUUUAAAAUGAAUGUUUUACAAUAUACCAGAAAGUCACUAAGGAACCACAACACUUUUUGGCUUCUUGGUGCUGCAGACUUAUGGCAGACAAUUUUUAGAAUUCAGCUUUUGUUAACUCCUAAAAACCCUUUUACUGUUUUUAUUGGUUUCUGCUGUUCAUUUUUUGGGGGGGAAAAAUUAUUGCUGCUGCCAUCAGUAGUUCCUUAAUCCUUUUUAUCUUUUUAGAAAUACUGAAUGCCAGGAGAAUAAACAUAAAGGAAUAGGCUGAGUGGGUGGUGCUAGUGAUAGGGUAGGGGCAGACAAAUGCCUUCCCCCAAAAUUCCCUGUACAGUGUCUGCGCACUGUCUGAAUUAGAAAUAUAGAAUGUCAACAGAAUGUGAACUGUUUCAAAAUGUCUAAGUUUGUAAUAAAUUCAAAGAGCUGCUGUAGGCUAGUCCAGAGGCUUGGGCUAGAGUGCAUUUGGGGAGGGGGGCUUUUGAGUCUUUCUCUUUGAGAAACAUAAAUUCUUCAGGCACAUGGAACCAAUUGCAAAGUUCUUUGGAUACUGGGCACAGCUUCUUGCUGUGGUAAUUUUAACUUUUCUUGAGAUGGAAUUUGAUUUUUAAAAAAAUAAAAAGAAAGAAGCAGAAGCAGAUAGUUUCUUUAAUAUAUAUAUAUAAUUUAUAACAUUUUUGCCCCAUCCUACCUCCUGGGAGUUCAGAACUGUAGACAGUAGGUGCCUUUAUCUUGAUUUCAUUUAACAUUUAAAAGUUGACUAGGUUGGUAAGAGACUGUGGUUUACUUAUUUAGCUUCAUGGUAUAACUGAAGAUUUGACCCCAGACUUUUCUAAUCUCAAGUCCAAUAGUCCAUGCACAAGAGGAGCUGGAUUGUUUUACACAAAAUUGAACAAUAGGGCAAGAUGAGAGCUGAUGGAUAGAAAAAUGACGUAGGGGCCAAAGCUGAUGCAAUGCACUUCCCUCAUGGGAGAAUAUCCACCAAGAAUAUCCACAGAUAAAAAGCAUCAAAGUAGUCAUGUGAAAUCCGUAUAGGUCAUUACUGUUCUGUAUUUACUACUUUUGCACAUCUUGAAAUCUGUUCAGAAACUGCCGCACACAUAUCAUGUUUAUCAUGAGCCAAUUUCAAGCUUGCAAAAGUGCUCACAUGAUCUGAAAGUGUUACAUUUUAAAAAGUGAAAUUAAAUUUUUAAAUGUAAUUUUUUAAAUCAUCUGAUCUAAUAAAAGAACAUAAGUGUUUCUUGACAAGUUGAAACAGUUUUGUUAUCUAUGUUUGGCCAUUACAGCAAAAAAGUCAUCCAGAAAGCAGGUGCUGUAUAUCAAAUUAGCUUUUUAAAGAAAAUGGUUUCUCUGCAGAAUGCUCUAAGUGAUUGGUUUUGAUUUUGCUCUCUUUAAAAGCUCUAACAUACGUUUCUGUAGUUUCAGAUAAAAAGAAUGGCCUACUCGGUUCCAACACAAAAUUUUGUAGCCAUUUCAGAUGUGCAUCCAAAUCUUGCUCGUCCUGUAGGUCUUGGUGACAUAAGUCUUUUUUGUUCUCCAGUGAAACUGUAUAUCACUAUAUUAUAUUACUGCAAAAUUUUGUAAUUGGUUUGUCUUUAUAUACUCACAGCAUUGGCAUAAUUAUUAGGCACAAAGUAUGUUAGCUUCUCUUUGUGUACCCUCAGAAAGUGAAAACUGAUACUUCUGUUGACCACAGAGUGUGGAUGCCACAACUAUUGAUGUUGACUGGACAGUUCAUUGACUGAAGUAUCAGAGACUUCUUUGUAUUUUCUUUAAAUAGAUGUUGUGUUGAUAAUUUCUACAGAGUCUGCAUUAUAGUAUCACAAUACAUUGGAAAUGUAUUCUUUUGGACUAUGGACACCAGAUUGGAAGCUGUGAGCGUUACUCACAUGGGUAGUCCCAUUCAUGCACAGCUUCCCUUGACUUCCCUUGAGCAUUUGAAAAAAAUGAUAAUUGAGGCAAAAAUUUCCAUCUCUGUCUGUUGUUUCUUAACUAUUAAAUGCAUGUCAGUGUUCCAGAGAGAGCAAGGAUUUGUAAGGAUACUGGUGUAUGUGCAUAUCUCCGUGUACUCUGUACUUAACAAGCACACAUUGCACCUUUCAAUCAGAUCUGCUCAGAGUUGAGCCCCAAGGCAUGCUCAUAAUCUGGAUUCCAUAUUAAAAAUGAAGGUUGAAUAGCCAAACUGCCCGUUACAUCCAAAGAUCUUCAGCUUGGUUCUAUACUGCAACCGUUAAAGCCAGUGGCAUAGCGUGGGGGGUGCAGGGGGGCCGGCCGCACCGGGCGCAACAUCUGGGGGGGGCGCGCUUGCACUCACAGCUCUCUGCCCCUACUAAAAUCCACGGGUUAGGGGGCGCAAAUUACUUGCCUUGCCCCGGGUGCUGACAACCCACGCUACGCCACUGGUUAAAGCAGCUAAAGCUAUGCUGCUUUCUCCUAUUUGUGAUUAGUAAGGUGUAGUAUCUCUUGUUCUGUAUGUGUGCGCUCACAUGCUGAUAGCUGUUACAUUACAAGAGUUGCCAAGGGCCUUGCAUUCCACAUCAGUUCAAGUCCACACCCUCCUGCAAAGCCCCUUGGCAAGGCACAGCUGCAUCAUGCAGGAGUUGCUGAGCACUGGUACAUUUGUACCAACAUCUCUAGCUGCCCAAUUCACAUGGCAGAAUCAAUUCACAGGACCAGUUCAAAGGGAUAAGGCAGGAAUGGGGAACCUGUAGCCCUUCAGAAGUUGGUGGACUCCAGUUGCCAUCAGCCCCAGACAGUGCAGCUAAUGGGCAGUGAUGUUAGGAGCCAUAGUAUAACAAUAUUUGGAGUGCCAUAUGUUUCCCAUUCCUGGGAUAAGGUGCUGUCUUCACCUCGUACAGUAAUGAUGCUGAGACAAUGGCACUGGAUCCCAUACUUCAGUGUUUGCAUUGUGGAGGUUUAGCAUGGGCUGUUGAAACACAAAUGGUAAGAACCAGGACUUAAAAAAACUUUAAAAAAUGUUGCAUACAUAAUAUGGGUGGCAACUACGUACAACACAUUGAAAAUGUAUAUAUAGCUUUAUUGUUUUAUAUUUAUACUCUUCUCUCAUUCAUUUUUGAUAUAAUAAAAAGUAGUAUUAUUUUGCAGAUGGCUGUACUUGUGCGAGUCUUAAACCUCAGAAUAAGACAUUUAGUCUGCAGUCGUAAACAUUCUAAUCUGGAAAAAGUAAGCCUCACUAAACUAAAUGAGGCUUACUUCUGAGUUGACAUAUUUAGGAUUGUCAUGUUAGUCUCAUUACAUUCAAUGUGGAUUACUCUCUCAAGGAAAUGUGCAUAGGAUUGCAGCCUAAGGAUUAUUAAGUAUUUUAGGGACCAACAAGAGAGAGUUUUGGGCUUGAAACUCAGAUGGCUUACUUAAAGUCCUGACAGGGGCAAGAGAAAUAUAUUUGUAUCUCCCAGGACUUUACUGUUCAUCCUCACACAAACGGCACACAUACUACCGUAUCGUGAACUCUUUGUUGAUUUUAACAUAAAAUAAGAGUAGUAAUUUCCUCCUAUCAAAAGUUAAAGAAUGUAUUACAAGGCCAUAGAUUUCUUCAAGGGAUGUUUCUUUGGCACUGAAUUGAAAGCACAUGAAAGAUUCUCUUGUGGGGUGGAUGUAUUUGGCCAAAAGAUUUUAUUUAGUGUAUAGCAUUGAGAGUAUCAAUGUAUGGACCAAGCAAGAAUUUAAUUGUAGUUUUACUUGAUAAACAAAUAAUGCUUUUCAAUCUGGAAAAGAAAUAUGGUUUAUUUAAUGUCAGACAUUAAGUAAUUCAUAUUGAAGGAAGCUAGUAGUAGACUUUAUAGUGUGUGACUUUAUAGUGUGUGACUUUAUACAUGUGAAUCAGGAAGUUUUAAACAUUUGACGUUUUAUUAUGUUUUUAUAUUCUGCUAAAGAAACCCAGCCAGAUGGGUGGGGUAUAAAUAAUAAAAUUAUGAUCAGUAUUAUUAUUAUUUAUAAAAGAACUAGCUCAAAUAAAAUAAAUUCUACAACAUUAUUUCAAAUAAUAUUAUAUAUAACUGAAGCACUAUGUCACUGUUUUAAGUUAUGUGAAUGCCAAAGGUCAAAAUGAAGUAAGAUGAAGAUAUAGAGCAAAAGUAACGAGUUUGGAAAGUGUCAGCAGAAAAUCCUGACAAAUGGACACAGAAGUUUAUUUUCUCCUUUUGAUUGGUUAAAUGGUAUAACUAAAAUAUCUCAGAAUUAAGGAUAUCUAAAAGAGGUUUAGGAAUAUUUCUCAAGCUUUUAAUUUGAAAUUAUGGAAUUUCACUUUGUUAAAAGAGUCAAAUAAUGUUGUAAAUAUAAAUUUUAAGAAGACUUUGAAAUAAAUACUAUUGUACGCAGAGUCUUAGAACAUAUUUGGGAUUCCAAGAACCAGCUCUCUAUUAUCAGCAGAACUAUACACAAGAUAUUCUGCGAUUUAAUUAAAUUACUGUGAGUUAGGAAAUGAAACAUUUUGAAUGCGAAUUAAUAGAAUGCACUUUAAGAAAGCUUUCAAAGACCUGAGGGAAUUAUAUUUCAUUGCAAACAUACCCUGAGUGAACUUAUCCAGAUAAAUGCUGGAAUAGUUUUCUUGCCCCAUCUAGUGACUGAAAGGCACAUUGAAAUCUGCAAGUUUUCAACAGGUGUCUUGUUCAUUCUGUUUUCCUGAAACCCAAUUCAAGAAUGUAAUGUGGUGUGCUGGUUUGGGGGGGGCAGCGAGUAAAGCUAAGAGACCUAAUGUUUGGAGUCCUUUUAGGACAGGACUUCUUAUCUUUGGGGGUGUUUUAAACUAAGCCAGCCAAUUCAUUAAACAUUACAGUGUUAUUGUUUCAACACUACUGAUACAAAUCUGCAAAAGAAUCUUUGUUUGGUGGUAGUUGUUGCCUUUAAGCAUAGGUAUAUCCUCUAAAAAUCUAAAUAAAUGCAUAUUUUAAGGGCUUAAUGCACAACAUACCCAAAUUCAUUUAUUGCUUCCCCAUGCACCUACGUUUUAAAAAAGCAUAGCAGUUUCUGAGAAAGGGAAAAUUCAUGUAGAGAAGUGGUAGAAAGGGAAAGUUUAUGGAACCCCUACCUUCCUUCUGUGUCACUGUUCACAACUGCCAUCUUGGGGAGCUGAUUUAGCUUAGCAAAAAUGACUGUUGUUUAACUUAGCAAAAAUGACUGUAUGUAACAUGCAGCUAGCUACCCUGCUGAGAGUUCAUGAUGGUAUAAUAAAAAAUAGGAGUUUCUUUAAUAGUGAAGAAAAAUAGAAAUGCUCCUUUUAUGCCAUUGUGCAGACAUGGGAAAUCACAUGGCCUCCAUCUGUCAUGGAUACUUUAGUUGAGAUUCCUGCAUUGCAGGGGGUUGUACUAGAUGACCCUUGGGGCCCGUUCCAACUCUAUAAUUCUAUAAUUUAGAUGACUCAGGAACUUGUACCCUAAUUGGUUUGACUUUGACAUGCCCUUAGCCUAUUCCGCAGUGUGCAUAAGCUGCUCACUGCCAGUGCAAGUGACAAAAAAGUGUAUGUUUUCAGGUAAACAUUUUCCUUACAGAGACAGACAGAUGUGGGGUCUUUAUAUUAUUUCCCAGUCUUCAUCUUUUAAUAUAUUGAGAAAACCACUUAGGUUGUUAAUUUAUUGAUGCUUCUGUAGAAUAAGUGCAUUAAAAUAAAAACAGUUAAAUAUGCUUUUUAUUACUGAAGGACAAGAGAGUCUGUGAAAUCAAAUACAUCCUGUACAUCUGUAUUUGAUGUAUAUAUUCUGUAAUCUCUUUUUCCCCCCAGAGUAUAAUUGGUAUGGUGAUUGGGAAAACAGAUGCCAAAGGCUUUCCAGACAGAAAAAGUAAAGUUCUUUUAAGCCACAAAUUCUCUUUUUUUCUGGCUCUAUCUUCAAUCGGUGGUUUUUCUAACCAAAAAGCAUGUGUAUCAACUGGUGGGGAUAUUUUAUGCAAAAACUAUAUUGAAAUUAAAGUGUAGAUUAACAAAGCUCUAAGAGAGAGUAACAACAUGUUAACUGAAACAAGCAUCUCAUCAACUUUAUCCCUUGCUGAAACCUGGCUUAACAUUUUUAAGGGCACCUGCAUCUGCUAGGGUUAGUUAACAUAGCACUGAAUUUCCCACUAUUUUAUAAGCAUCUGACGAUAUCUGAUGAUAGUGGAAUAUUUCAUUCCAUGCAAAGUUUUUGCCAAAACAAUGAGGCACUUGCACUGCUGGUCUCUGCAUAAACUGCAAUUGAACCAGCCAUGGCACCAUUUUUCUCCCAUUCAUGAAAAUAUAAUAUUUUAAUUAAAAAAGGAGUGACCUCUAGUGGUAGUUAAUGAGAUUGUUGUCCUUUGCUUUAUACUACUUGUCGGGAACUUUUGGCCCUACAGAUGUUGCUGAACUACAACUCAUUCCCAGCCACUGACCAUUUGCUGGGGUAGAUGAGAGUUGUAUUUCAGCAACAGCUGUAUGGCCAAAAGCUCCCCUCACCUGCUUUAUACCUGUUUCUCAUUAAGUGAUCCUUUGUCCAAAUCCAGCUUGUCAAGCUUUUACAGCCACUCCUCUUCCUCUCUUAUCAUCAUUUCUUUGCUCCUGCUGCUGCUGCUGGCACCCCAGCACUGACCUCUAUAUUUCUUUAUCAUAUGCCAUAUGCACAUCAUAAGGGAAAAUGGCGGCUGAUACUAUGGUGAUGACAGCCUCCACAACCAAUAGGUGUCUGAGACAGAUGACAGUUCUGAAGUCAAUUUGAUUGAGGUGGGCUGUUUUCUGCCAUGACUUAACACUGGGCAGAAUGUAACAAUAAGUACACAUAAUAUUUUCAUGUGUCUUACGCGGAAUUAAAACUUUUAACUGGAUUCUAAAACUGUCUCUGUUUCUUGUCACUGCAGAUAUUGGAUCAGAAAGGUACACUUUUAGCUUCACUGUCCGCGAUUCGCCAUCUUAUUUCAUAAAUGUACAUUCUUGGGGAAGAGAGGACUAUAUUAAAUCACUUUCAGAAAGCUUUAGAGUUGGUGACUGUGGUGAGCUGGAGUUUAUUCCGAACAUAUUUCAAUUUCAGUAUGUUUCCCUUCUCUUUAAAUCAGUAUAAUGUGUUGUGGUCCUAGUGUGUUAUCCUUCAAAGAGUUGUGGACUAUUUAAUUGGAACCAAAUUUUUUAGUUAGAUUGAGUGAGAGGGGGAAAAGUAAACUAAAAAGAACCAACAAGAUUCAAUCUAAUAAAGCUGUCAUCAAGAGACAUGGACUGAAAAAGUAAUCUCCCAGAUUCCCUCUCAGAUGCUAAGUUUUUACUGUUUCAGUCUUCUAAAAAUGGUGCAUAAAUUUAAUAAUAAUAAUAAUCCAGCCAGAUUUAAGCAGUUAAGGCUGAAAUUGUAUGCAGGUACCCAGGAGUAAAGCUGACUGAAAACUAUUAGAACUGGAUUGCCAGUGUCUUGCUGAAUGAACUUGUAAGCAGUUAUUUAAAUCCAUACUUAUGUGGCUUUCCACUGUUUUCCCUUUUAUAGUCAUAAUUGAAAAUCCUUUAGUUCAGACAAAAGAGGCUGAAAAGGAAGAAAAAUUCAACGCUACUACUCCUAGGUAACUGUAAAGUCAGAAUCUUAUACCCUAAAUAAGACUAAAACAUGUAUACAAGUGGCAUAUUCAGAUUCUUGAUACCAGAUGAUACAGAUGUUACUCUUGAAAAAUUUAUAUAGCUGUCUGGCAAGGGAUUAGUUAGUGUCCUCCACUAAUGCUACAAAAUGACCUGACAGCCAAGCAACACCAAACAGUUACUGAUUAGACAUUGUGUCCGGAUUUUCACUUUUUGAAAUAUGGCAAUUCUAACAUCUCUUAACUCUGAAACUAUCGUAAUACCCUGUACUGCAGCAUAGAAAUGAAUCUUAAACUCAGGGCUCAUCCACACUUACCUUUUGCCCUGUGCUUUCUAGGAACAGGUCCACAAUUUAAAGUGCUGUAUUUGAGGGCCCCCCCCCUUUUUUGCCCUGGCACUUUCCCUGAGAAAACCUGCUCUUUAAUGCUUAAUCAAAACAAAUGUCAGUUUGUGUCUCCAUAGAUUGCCAUUUGCUCUGAUUCAGCAGUAAAGAGCAGGGUUUCACAGGGAAAGUGCAGGGCAAAAAAAGCAGGCACAGAGCUUUAAAGCAUGGAUGCAGCACAAAAGGAAGUCUGGAAGAGCCCUCAGUCGACGUAUAUUAGGUAUUAUUUGGCUCCAUUCAAUGUAAGUAUAUUGCGUAGAAAACUGCAAAACCCCUGCAUUUUGCAGAGCCUCAGAAACUGAGUAAUUGAUACAUCAAACUGGGGUUCAUAGUUAAUACCCCAAAAUCCAAAAUUGUCUGAAUCACUUCGAACUGGUGCCAAAGUUUUGCAGUGGUUUUGCAGCAGUUGUACUCACACCAACUCUGUGAGACGGAGAGAUAGUGAGUGGCCCAAGAUUGGCUGAUGGCUAUUUGUAUGGGGACUCUAUCAAUUACAUCACACUGGCCCUGUAUUUGCUGAAUUACAGCUUUUUUCAAGUCUUGUUUUGAGCAACCUUAGGUGUUAACGGCUCUUAAAGUACCUUCAGUUACUCACAACAGAUAGCUGAAUUGCAAUGUCAAAAGUAUUUCUUAUUGCAACACUAAAAUAUGCAGAACUAUCUGCUUCCAGAGCUUAGAGUAGGUUAAUCAUCCAUUUCUCCCCCCACCCCAUGAAGCGGUGUCAGUGUCAACUCUGCCUGCCAAUGACUUGACUUCUGUUUGUACAAAGAAGCCACUAUUCUCUGGUAUCAAUUGUAAAGUGCUUUUCACAACUUCAGUAUAACAUCAGUAUUACAAUAACCCAUAACAAUUCAGAGUUCGUCAUAUAGGAAAAAGCCUUUAGUAGUGAUGAGUAAAGUAUUGUUUGUGUUGUGCAUGUCAGCUGCUACAAACUGCUCCUCAGUGAGAAUCAUUCCGUGGUUAAAAUCUGUCCCCACUAUGAAGUUGACACCAAACUACUGUCCCUGUUGAAUCUACCUGUGAAGAACCCUCAAGAUUUUUACUCUCUGGCGGACAUUGCAGCCAAUGGACAGAGCCUGGAAGGAAGAAUCAUUAAUAUUCUUGCAGCUGUCAAGUCGGUAAGUCAGAAAAACUGUAACAUAUUGGAGAGCUUCUACUGUAGCCCGGUGGUCAAAUUAAUUUAUGUAUAGUUAAGGAUUUAUUGGACCAUCUCUGAUUGGAGUUGUCUCCUUUUGUCUUGGUCAGCAGCCAGUUGGCUUGAUUUAAUGCCAAGGAAGGUUUGCAAGUAAUAUUAAUGAAAAAUUUCAUAAACAGCACAUUUCACAAAGCCUUCAUGUACCUAGGCUGGCACCCUGAAACAGCACAAUAAAAGGAAGUUUAUUUAAAGUCUUUUGACAUUCACACACAGAUUAGUUUUUAACUAUAAGAUUAAGCAUGAAUGCUAAAUUGGUUUAUUGAUUUAGCACAUGUCUCACUGACCCUUCAUCUUUGUCCUCUUAAGAACGUAGGAAGAGCCCUGCUGAAUCAGCGCACAGGCCAAUCUAGCCCAGCAUCCUGUUCUCAUAGUAGCCAACCAAAUACUUAACGCAUGGGUAGGCAAACUAAGGCUCAGGGGCCGCAUCUAGCCCAAUUGCCUUCUAAAUCCAGCCUGUGGACAGUCCGGGAAUCAGCGUGUUUUUACAUGAGUAGAAUGUGUCCUUUUAUUUAAAAUGCAUCUCUGUGUUAUUUGUGGGCCAUAGGAAUUCGUUCCUUUUUUUUCUUUCCAAAAUAUAGUCUGGCACACCACAAGGUCUGAGGGACAAUGGACCAGCCCCCUGCUGAAAGAGUUUGCUGACCUCUGACUUAAGGGAAGCCCACAAGCAUGACAUCGGCACAACAGCACUUUUGCCACUGAUAUUCAGGAAUAUGCUGCCUCCAACAGUGGCGGUUAAACAUUGCUGUCAUAUAGCAUUAAGAACAUGAAACACUUUAAGUUUUCUUUCUUACAUACUCCAUUCAACGAGGGCACAAUCCAUUAAGAAGUUCUCUUGUACAGGCCCCAUUGCAAUUAGCAGGACCUAUACAUUACCAUGCUAAAUGCCAUGGUGAUUGCUGUGUGCAAAUGCCAUCCAAAUCUAUCAAACUGCGCUACUUACUUGGUAUCACAAAUCACACUUGUCUAUACAAGUUUCUGGCAUCUUCAGUUAAAAAAAAAGCUGAGUCUACAAGUGAUGAGAAAUACCUCUCUCUGCCCAAUUGCUACUCAGAGUACACAGUACUGGACUAUAUGGUCCACAGGUCUCACCUGAGUUCGUAUAAGGCAGCUUCAUAUGUUUACCAGAGUGGGGGGUAUCUGCAAGUCUCCAGCCUUAUGUUCGCCACCAGUUAGUGAUUAUCUCCUGCAAAUAUCAUUUUUUCCAGCUGAUUUUCAAGAAUUCAGUUGGGCUUACUUUUUAUUUUGGAGACCCAGUUGGAAGAGGGCAGGCAAUAAGGAAUGAAUAACAUUUAUAGGAAUCAGCAAGCAAAGGGAGGCUUAAGUACCCACUCUUACCCACUGUUAUCUCCCCUAUAAGUGCCUCAGAGGAAAACAUGGGGUUUGGUGAUCUAUAUCUCUCCUUACAGUGUGCAGUUCUUAGAAAGUUACUAUGGUAAAUUUCUACUCUAUUGCUUUUCUACUCUAUUGCAAGAGUACUCAUGUAGUCUUUUGAAUGUAAAAAUGCAAUAAACUGGUGCAGAGCUGCUUACUCUCCUUCAGCAAUGCCCUACCAUUUUGCAAGUCCUUCGUUAGAUUCAUUUUUCUGUGAAGAAUGAGGUGCACAUGCAUACCGAGAGACUUUAAUUGCAGCCAGCCCUGCUGAAGUGUUUGUAGUGCGGACCAGUGGUGGAAGCUACCCAUUGUGACUGCUGGGGCAGAAGCCAGGGAGGCUAAGAGUAGGCAAAACCAGGGCCAGCGGCAGGCAAACCCAGCGCAUUCUAGUUUUGUCCCCACCUUCCUCCCUACAAGAGCAAUAAUGAUACUAAGGGGGAAGAAGCUGGCAGCCAAUGUCCCCCCCCCCCCCCGGACCUGUUGUAAGUGCAAUUACAAAAGCUGGGCACCACCUCUCUGCCGAGCGGUAGCAAAAUUACAGGGGGUUUGAGGCAUUCACCCUGGGGUUGUGCUCCUUUGGAGAAUUGAAAACAUGGUGGAUACUGUUGUACCUUUAAGAAAUAUGGUUUAUCAACAUAUUUACACAUUCAGUCUGCAUGAAGGGAGUCCAGAUUUUACAGAAAGGUCAUUUCAAGAGGGGGUUGUUCCCCAUAGCAGUAUAGCACUGGAGGCAAAAGUAUUUCUCCUAGCCAACCCGCCCAAAAUGCAUCUCAGUCUUUUUUCUCCCUUCCUUUUCCCAGCACACCUUGCUAAAACACUAUUUUCCUGUCACCCCACACCUAGCUACCCUGCCAAUCUGUCUACUCAGGCCAAAGAUUCCUCUUAGAAUGGACCACCAACACCUUUGUCAUGUUAAUGUCUCUAUCCCAGGUGAGGCACUGGCUUGGAAGAAAGCUUAGCCUGUACUUUUCCACUGGCCUCCAGUUCUUCCCUUCAAUACUCCAAAAACCAAAAUUCUACCAUUUAUUAAUCUCUAGGCUUUGGGGGGUCCCCUCCAAUCUAUAACACCACAAAGGGAGUCAGGUGGCAGCUGGCUAAGGGCAAAGUGAGGCAGUCUAAUAGACCAGACUUCACUGGUAUAGAUAGCAGAGACAUAAAUAUGGGGAUACAUUAUUGCUUUUGACAAGGUUGGUGUGUGCGCAAGAUGAAGAUUGCAAAUCAUUUGUUGUUCACUUUACAAAGGUUGGAGAACCAAAGUACUUCACUACUUCGGACAGACGAAAGGGUCACAGAUGUGAAGUAAGGCUGUAUGAUGAAACUGAAUCUUCCUUUGCAAUGAUAUGGUAAGGUGUAUUCUAAAUCACAACCCAACUAUACCCAUUAAUACAAAAAUAAGAGGCUACACUGAACGUAAGUACAUAUUGCUAUCAUUAAUUGAAGCUUCUUAUUAAUUGUGUGGUGUCUCUGAUGAUACAGCAGCAUUCAUUUAAUGGCAGCAAUAUCCAUUAACUUCUAUAACAUACAAGGCUGUCCAAUAGAAUGGUCUUGAAUAUAUUACCCAUUUCUAUGAGUUAUUGACAAUUUCUCCCCUAAGGAGAGGCAGAGUGAAACAAAGCUGCAAAUCAAUUACAAAAGGUCAUGUGGAGAUGAGGAAAUAAAAGAAGCCAUUUAGUCAGUGAGACCACUGAUGAUCAUACCUGUUCAGAGCAACAUAUUGUCAAGUAGCAACUAUAGAUUAACCUUUGUAUAAAUGCUUAUCAUCAAGACUUUUAUACAUUAAAAAUGCUUCAAAAAAUUUCUUAGAGAACGUGUAGCAAAUACUGUAUUAAGAAUGUAAGAGGAGCCCUGGUUAAGAUUUCUCUUUCAAGAGAAAACUAAAUAAACACCACUGCUCUUUUAGAAAAACCAGAUUACCUAGACAGAGAGGGAAGAAUAUGGAUAGAAAAAGAGCUUUUAAUUUUUCAGUCCUUCUUGUGUCUGGGCCAAGUGACAUUUCCAUGUUCUGAAGCCACAAGUGCUCUGCUGUUCCAAUAUGCAGAUAAAGCUCAAUGAACAUAGAAGGUGCUCUCAUCUUUAUCAGCUAGUGAACAUUCUGGGAACAUACAUUUUCAUAGACGAGAAUGGAAAGCUUCUGCAUGUGUGGGGAUUUGAAUUUGAAUUUUGAAACAAGCUUUAUUAUGGUUGUACACACUCAACAUAUAAAUAUAGGUUAACGUUUCAAAAACUGGAAUGUAAAUUGGUUAGGUGCAGACCAACUGCUGCUAUGCAUGAGACAUCCUGCUGCGUGCAAGACUGACAUCUGAAUCCACAAGUAUUAUAAUUUUGCUCACUUUCCCUUAGUCACUCAGCCACUUGGUCACAGCCAUGAUGCUUUUUGUAUAGUUUUGACCUGUGCUCUUACGCUUAUAUAGUCUGGGUUCAGCAUAUGCCUCAUAAAGAGGGAUUCCCUGAUCCAGGUGUCAACCUCUUAUAAAUAGGACCUCCACACUUGCUCUGCAGUUCCCUUCCUGAGUGCUUGUGACUGCUUGUUUUCAGAGGCAGAGUAAGAUAUAUCUAUUUAGCAAUUUGCUCAGCACCUAUUCUGCCUUAAACCAAAGGAAAAGCAGUGCCCAACCUGGUGAUUACAGAAUGAACAAUGCAAGUAGGGGACUGCAACCUAAGAUGGGGAAAAGGUGGUGGUAAGGAACACUGAGCUACUUUAAAUGAAUUCAUAUCUCCAGGGCCUGAUGAGUUACUGAAAUGUGCUCUACAUGGGGCUACCUUUGAAGGUGAUUCAGAAACUACAACCAAUACAGAAUGCAGCUAGGACCUGAACCAAUGGAUCCAAGUUACAAGAAAGAAGAUCCUGAUUAAAUUCAGGAAGAACUUUCUGAAAGAGCUGUUUGACGGUGGAAUAAACUUCCACAAGAGGUGGUGGACUCUCCUUCCUAGGAGGGUUUUAAGCAGAGGUUGGAUGGUCACCUGCCACGUAGGUUUUAGUUGAGAUUCCAGCAUUGCAGGGCAUUGGACUAGAUGGUCCUUGGGGUACUUUCCAACUCUACAAUUCUAUGAUUCUUUGACAUUUGUUACUUUUUAUAUUGUUGUAUCAUUUUAAUAUUUGGAAGUUGCCCUGAUACAAGAGUGUCAAAAUAUUCUAUCAACACAAAUAGAAAAUAUUAACAUUUUAAACAAAUAAACAUUUGUAUUAAUUGAAUGCUACUAUUUUUCUAGCUGGGACAAUGAAUCUAUCCAGCUUGCACAGAGCUGGAUGCCACGAGAAACAGGUACUUCUCAGUUUUUUAUAUAUAGUAUUUUUGCUGAGGUUAUCACUCGUGUAAAGCUUUGCCUGUAAUAACAAAAUAAUAAUAAAUAAUAUUUUUCUUCCCAGUAAUAUUUGCAUCAGAUGUAAGAAUAAAUUUUGACAAAUUUAGAAAUUGCAUGGUUGCAACUUUACUCUCAAAAUCCAUCAUUACUACUAAUCCCGGUAAGACACAAUUCUAAAACCUUGUUAAAUUGUCAUAGAAUGCCUUAUAUUAUCCUAAUGCUUUUAUUGAAAAUUUAUCUAUUUAUUUAAUAUAUUUAUAUUCCAUCUUUCUCCCAAGUUGGUAUUCAGGGCAGCUUAGAACAUUAAAAUAUGAUGGCUUAGGACUUUAAACACAGUUCUACUUGUUUAAAACCUACAGAAUAAUUCCCUGCCCAUUUACAACAUUGAGUUUCUUUAUGGCAAUAGUUUAAUACCACCUGUUUUACUAAGUGCCCAGCUCUAUAUCUAUCAGUACUUUCUUUUUUCUUCUUUGUACAUUUCAAAAGUUCCAUCUGAACUUCUAUUUCCUCCUAAACCCUCACCUGUGUUCAGUCUAUGAUCCUUAUCUAUUCACAAUGCUACAAUCCAUCUUGUUGAACAGACACAAAGCCUUGGCUUUCUUUAAUUUUCCUUUAUUCCCCAUAUUUAGUCCAUUCUAUGUCAUUACCGUGGGACGCGGGUGGCGCUGUGGGUUAAACCACAGAACUUAGGACUUGCCGAUCAGAAGCUUGGCGGUCCGAAUCCCUGCGACGGGGUGAGCUCCCAUUGCUUGGUCCCAGCUCUUGCCAACCUAGCAGUUCGAAAGCAUGUCAAAGUGCAAGUAGAUAAAUAGGUACCGCUCCGGCGGGAAGGUAAACGGCGUUUCUGUGUGCUGCUCUGGUUCUCCAGAAUUGGCUUUGUCAUGCUGGCCACAUGACCUGGAAGCUGUACGCCGGCUCCCUCGGCCAAUAAAGCGAGAUGAGCGCCGCAACCCCAGAGUCGGUCACGACUGGACCUAAUGGUCAGGGGUCCCUUUACCUUUACCUUUAUGUUAUUACCAUCCUCACACUACUCAGCCAUCUGGAGAUGUGCUCCUUCCUUCAUUCACUCACUCUUGGAGCUACCUCCUAAAAAAAUGAGAUGCUACUUCCCCCUUUUCCUUCAAAACCCAUCUUUUAUAAAGCUUUUGGUAGAAUUCCUAGUCCCGAUGCCCUGCUGUAAACUAAGUACUUAAUAGAAACAUUUUCUGUUCCUGUUUACCCGUGCCUCCAUUUCCUUCUUCUCCCAGUUGUCUCUCCCUUUGAUGAAUUAUAGAUUGCAAGUAUUCCGAGUAGUACCCUGUCCUCUUGUCCUCUGUAAGGCACCAUACACAUUGAUAAUGCUCUAUGUAUCUAUAAAUAAAUAUUUGUAUAGAAAAUACGUGCCUUCAUGACAUAUCUUUAGGUCCCAGGCAAAAACAUUCCUCUUCUCCCAGGCCUUUGCCUAAUUAAACAAUCUAUGGCCUUUUAAACUAGGACGGGGUAUUGCUCCUUUGUUAUUAUGUAUAUUUGUGCUUUUAUACUGUAAACUGCACUGUGAUCCUCAAAUGAAGGGCAGUAUACUUAACUUGCUUACUUAAUAAAUAAAUAAAUAAAUUUCAGUCCCACAUGUCCUUAUUAAAAAGGAUAUAAUGUAUUAUGACUGGGAAAGACCUCUGCCUAUAACAAUGGAGGGCUACUUCCAGAAAGAUUAGACAAUUCUGGGAUAGAUGGUAUCUCAAUGUAUGAUCUUAAGGCACAUGAGGCCACCACCUUGCUGAAGCUAAGCAGGUCUGGGUCUGACCUCGGAGUCCAUGACAGAAGAAAGGUGGAAUAUAUGUGUAAGAAAAUACAUAAAUGGAUCAGCCACCUGCUUUACUAUAAGGUGGUCUUAUAGGUUUCAUCUCUAUCAACAAUCCUAUAUGUGUUAAUUCAGAAGUAAAUCCUGUUGACAUCAAUGGACCAAAUGCCUUGUGUGUAAAGAAUUACAGCAAUGUCUUUUCUGUAGCAGACAUCAACCAAAUACAUGGAGCUAACCAUUUAGCUAAAAAAACUCCCACAAACUAUUUUGGCAUUAUGCAAGUUUACCUUUAUUAAUACUGCUUUGAAAAAUAUUUUUUCAAGAUACACCAGAAGCAAUCAGUCUACACAACUUUAUAAGAGAAAGUGCAGAAAUGUUAGAUUUGGAUGAUGAAAUGGGAGAUCAUUUCAGAGAUUCCAUAAAUGGUGAGUGUUUACCAAGUAGUCCUUUAAUCUGAUAGAAAUUUUUUUAAAAAUUGUCCAGUAGCACCUUAGAGACCAACUAAGUUUGUUCUUGGUAUGAGCUUUUCUAAGGCUGGUGGACUUCCAUUUCAUGCAGCUCAACGUGGUGCCUUCCAUGGUUCUAGAUUCAGGUAUCUGAAUAAUCUGAUAGACUGCUAUAUAUUGCUUAAGGCCUCAAUUCUGGAUUUACCCUUCUAAAUGCAAACAGUUCUCAGAACACAGGCUAACUUUUUUGUUUACUGGGAUUUUUUUAAGGACAGCAUGUAUUCAAAGUUAUUGCCACAUACUUCAGAAGCAAAUGUAUGUUAAAAGUUCUCAUGUACAAUCCAUUUGAUGCUGCGUGCCAUUCUGAGAACUAUUAACUGGGAAGUAUGCUAUAAACAGGGAAGUGUUCAGCUAUCAUGGCUCAGAGAAUAAAGAGUGGACUUCAGUCUGGGAAAUCAUAAAAAUUAAUUAAAGUUUAACUGUUCUGGUUAUAAUACAAAUGAAUAACAGAGUCUUUUCUGUCCAAUGACAUAUUAUGAUUUUAAAUGUUUUUUUCUUAUGGUAAACUAUAUUUUAUUGAAGUCCAAAGUCCACUAGUCAGUGGGAAGUUUUUUUCUGUCUUUAAACUUCAGAUCAAGUCCCUUUUUUAAAAGACAAUCUUACUUCUUUUACUGUUAUCUUUAGUACAGGCAAUAGUUGAUGUUUAUACAGUGGAGCAAUUAAAGAUUAAAGCUUUGCAAAAUGAGGGAAAAUUGGAACCUUUCUAUGGCAUUAUUUUUGCCUACAUUUCUACGCUGAAUAUUGAUAAUGAGACAACUAAAAUAAUACGAAACAGAUGGUAAGCACCUCAUUAAGUGUCCUGGACAUUUAUCCUGCUCCUCACUCCCAUUCCAAAUCAGCUUGAAAAACGUCAAUCUCUCUAUUCCUCAAACCACUUUUUCCUCCUAACUCAGCAUCAAAGCCUUUUCUGAAGUACUCUAACCUUAUCUAACUUGCAUGUCCAAAGAUUCUUUGCUCUUCAGUCAUCCUUCUUUCUUGCCUUUGAGCCAAGAUAGCAUGUCUAUUCUAUAUUAUACAUUCUAUUAUUGUACACUCAUAAACAAAAAGCAUAUAAAAACAAUGUGACAAUUUCAUCAGAUAUAAUGAAUAGGUAUGUUAGAUGCGUAAUAACUAAACACACGUUCAUUCAUUUAAAAUCUUGCCCUCUUUUCUUUUCUGCAGUAGCAAGUGCCACUAUGUGGUCAAUGAAAGAACAAACUCAUGCUCCUUCUGUAGCAGCUUUGUCUCCUCCUCAGAUGCCACACUACUCUUUGCCAGCUUUGAUGUACUAGUUGAUCUGACAGACCACACAGGCACUCUCCAUUCUUGCAAUCUUUCAGACACAGUGGCUGAAGAAGCUUUAGGCUGCACGGUAAGAAUGUAUUAGAAAUUGAUCUCUUCUACUCAGGUUUAUGGUUCAGGUUGUGUUUAGAACCAAUCGAGAGCCUGAGGUUUAAUGCAUUGCACCAGUACUGCAUCUGAUGAAAUAGACUCUAGCCCCCAAAAAGUUAUGCUACAAUAAAUUUACUGAUCUUUCAAGACCCUUCAAGGCUUGCUUGGUUUUGCUGUGAACCUACUGUAUGUAUGCACUUCUGAAAACACUCAUCUUCCUUUUGACUCAUGCUUCACUUCAUGCUUGUGUGCAUUGCAUAUCAAUUAAGUUGUGGUCACUCCAUUAGGUCCAGGAGUUCCAGACUCUGACAGAGGCUCAAAAAACAGCCCUAAAAUGGCACCUUCUUCUAGAACGAAGCAAAAUUUAUUUUAAAGUAAGUACAGAAAUAAGGAAAUACACACCUAAAUGAGCACCAUUCUCCAUGACAACCCUCACCCUAUUAACAUCUUCUGGUGGAAUUAUCAAAGUUUCUUUUAGUGAAUCAAGAACUGAGAUUUGAAAAAGGCGUUUUCUAUGAUUGCCAAUAAUAUAGAUCAGUUUAUCCAGCAAGUUGUGCAGGAGGCAACACCAACCAACUUUGGAGGGGCAGGUGGGGGAAUUGUCAGCUUGUACAUUUUCUGGUAGAUAACAGAUUUCUGCAUGUAACUGCUCAUCCAAGUGGAUGAAGUUAAAAGUAGCUAGUGUGUGUGUGUGUGUGUGUGCGCGCGCGUGCGCGCGCGAAGAUUUUCUGUGAGAAAACAAGGUCAGAAGGACUAAUAGCCCUCUCCUGCCCAUCUUCUCCUUCAAACUGCCACUGCACAACAUAAUAUGUAGUUCUAAAUUUAUAUAAAGUUGCAUUAUCUUCUUGCAAACUGUAUUUUUUGGAGAAGUAUUUUUUUUUUAAAAAAAUCUAAUUUACUUCAAUAGGUUAUUAUUUCGCCCAAUUCACGAACCGGACUGAGAGUUAGUUUGCUUUCUUGCAAACUAGCAGAUCCUGUGGAGGCCAGUCAAAAUCUGCCUGGAAAAGACCUACCUUGCCCAGCUUCAGAACAGCUGGAAGGAGUCUAAGUUGUUGUAAUAUGGUGAAUUUACAUUGGGGGGGGCGUUGCAUUCUCAUUGCAAAGAUGCUAGAAAGUGUGCUUUAUCAUUCAUGUUUUAAAACUGUGUACUAUCAUUUAAGGAAGAGUUUACCUUAGUCCAUCCGUCACCAAAUUGGUGUCCAGCUCCCAACAGUUGGAACUGAUGAGACCUAGUCCAAAACAUGGUGGAUUUACAAGGCUGGCAAAGGCAGCCUUAGUCUGACUCAAGAGACCUAGAUAUACGAUCUACAUUCUUUUUAAAACAAAGUUUUCAUUCCAUGUAUAACAUAUUUGAGUAAAAAUAUACUUAUGAAAUUUA